CAGAAAUGCCGAGGCUCGUCCGUCGAAGUGAGGUCAUUAUACCGGGUACUACUGUACAUAAGACAUAAGAAGUGGAUAGAAGGUAUGUGUAUGUGUGUGUGGAUCCUCGACGAUUUUUUUGGAGCUUUCCCCUGAUUGACCUACAAUCCGGCUUAGAAAUACAAGUCGCUAUAAUAUGGAUUGCUUAACAAUGUUCCAAUUAUCGGGGUCAACCCACCAUACUAUAAGUUCCUGUUUAAUUCCUCCACGUUACUGUCCUGUUCGGUACGCAACACACUGCACAUAAACCCUACCUUGUACACUAUCCCCCCCCCAUAUCCCAGCCACACAAUAAUCCUUCCCAAAAUGUCACAGGCCGGCACCCCCGUCGACGUCACCCCGCUGGCGCAACCGCUGCAUUUCGAAUUCUCGCAGCGCAGCGCGCCCAACCGCUUCCUCAAGGGGGCGAUGAGCGAGCGGCUGUGCUCGUGGUCGGUCGAGGACCUCGCCGCGCGCGGCAUCCCGUCGGACGAGCUGAUCGAGGCGUACCGGGUGUGGGGCGCGGGCGAGAUCGGCCUCCUCCUGACGGGCAACGUGAUGAUCGACCCGGCGCACCUGGAAGCCCCGGGCAACCUGAUCAUCCCCGCGGACGCGCCCUUCGAAGGGGAUGAGCGCUUCGCGCGCUUCCAGCAGCUGGCCGCGGCGGCCAAAUCUUCCGGAAACUCGCUGCUCGUCGCGCAGGUCAGCCACCCGGGCCGCCAGACGCCGGCGGCGCUGCAGCCGCACCCGAUCAGCGCCAGCGACGUGCAGCUGGAGGGCGUGGUGCUGGGCAGCACCUUCGCCAAACCGCGCGCGGCUACCGAGGCCGACAUCCAGCAGGUCAUCAAGGGCUUCGCGCACGCCGCCGAGUACCUGGACAAGGCGGGCUUUGACGGCAUCCAGCUGCACGGCGCCCACGGGUACCUGCUGAGCCAGUUCCUGUCCGAGACGACCAACCGCCGCGCCGACCGCUACGGCGGCGCCCUGGAGAACCGCAUGCGCCUGAUCCUGGAGAUCCGCGCGGCCAUCGCCCGCCGCGUGCGCCCGGACUUCGUCGUCGGCAUCAAGGUGAACAGCGUCGAGUUCCAGCCCAACGGCUUCCAGCCGGAGGAGGCGCGCCAGCUGUGUCGCACGCUGGAGGACCACCGGUUCGACUUUGUCGAGCUGUCCGGGGGCACCUACGAGAACUGGAAGAUGGGCGAUGACGAGAAGCGGGAGUCCACGAAGAAGCGCGAAGCUUUCUUCAUGGACUUCGCCCAGAUGAUCGUCUCCUCCCUCAGCAAGACCAAGUCCUACCUGACCGGCGGGUUCCGGACGGCGGAGGGCAUGGUCCACGGCCUGGAGACGCUGGACGGCGUCGGUCUGGCGCGUCCUCUCUGCCAGGAGCCGUACCUGUGCCGGGAUAUCUUGAGUGGCAAGGCGACCGGGGCGCUGCAGCAGGUCAUCAACCCCUACGAUUUCGGGCUGACGGCCGUGGCAGCGUGCAUCCAGAUCCGGCAGAUGGGGCUGCGGCUGGCGCCGAUCGACCUGAGCGACCAGCAGCGCGCCGACCAGCUGGUGCAGGCGGUGGUGGCCCGCACGCAGCAGAAGGGCAAGGACUUCUCGCAGGAGGCUGUGUGGCCUCCGCUGAUUCCGGAUUAUAAUGUGCCGUUGGCUGUGGAGGCUUAAUUUUUUUCGGCGUAGACUAGACUAGACUGCUCAAGUACAGUACCUAAUAUGCGAAUGACUGUCG